CUUGACUGUGACUCGCUCUCCCUUGCUCUCUCUUUCUCUCUCUCUCUUUCUCUCUGUGUCACACACUUGUUAGUUUCAGUACAGAGAGCGUACUGUGUGGAUGUGAAAGAUCUGCAGUUAUGUUUGGUCCGUGCCUGUACAGAACAGGUUGAUAUCCCAACAAUGCAUGUGAGACAUGAACAACAAGGCCCCCUGGGAUAACUCAAGCAGUAUGUGCAGCAUGGAGCCAACAGUCUUAAAAAACCCCACCACUCAACUUCCUCACUCAGCCGGCUGCUCCCCCACAGUUCCAGAGCCAGAGCUCUACCGCAGCAUCCAGGCUGUGCUGCCCAGAGAAACGGACAAGCAGCAGUCCCCGGACUGUUUCAACAAAGGCAUGCUGAGAUGGACGCUUCAUAAGAAGGUUCAAAACAAUCCUGCCAACAGCUUAUCUCUGGUGUGGGUGCUGAUAAAGGAGCUAGAGAAGGCUGAGAGAUGGGACUCUCGCAAAUCCAUCAUCCCUCUGCUCCACACACUUAUGUAUGCCAUUAUUCAGGCAGCCUACAUUCCAGAUGAGCUGUACAAGCGGGUUUAUGAUUUUUGUAAGAGACUCCUGACCUACCCUCAUCCCUACUGCACCGUAGGCCUCAGCUACACAAGACAGAUAAAAACUGAACGCUCCAUUCCAGGUCUGAUGUACCAGAGGAUGCUUACAGCAGAGCAGAGACUAAAAAAUGACCACUAUCCAUUUCAGGAGAGGGUCUUUGUUCUGGCUGACCCAGAAGUCUUCUCUGGUCCUUUGGGACAAGUCCUGUUGGCUGACAUUGAGGCGCCUGCUUCAGCUUCAGGUGGACCUCUAGGUCCUUUUGAUCACAUGCGCAGUGUGGUCCAACACUCCAUCCAGGCUGCUUUAGGAGCAGAGCAGUGCCAUGGGCAGAAACUGGCUCAGGCCCUAAAGGACAUGGGUCAAGACGUUGAGACAUACUUUCAGGAAGUGCUGGCGACUCUAGAGCAGAGUGCGGAGGAGGGCGGCAGAGGGGAGGUGGGAGCGCUGAGGAGUCGUUUUCAGCAGCUGUACAACGAGAUCGUCAGCAACACUUACUCAGAGCCAUUGUCGAGUGGACCACUGUGCGACUGCCCUCUUCCUAACCCAGAGAUGAGCUUCCACCUGUGGACGGAGGAUUUGGAUAUCUGGCGAGAGCUGGGCAACUGGUUUCGAUCCAGCUCCAUGUCGGAGCAGUUCUCCCUCAGCCAGGAGCAGGAAGACUUUGAGCUGGGUGAGUCGCCCAGUGACCUGAUGCCAUCUGACAUGACUCGCUUCUCCGUAAUGUCCAACGACAGCGGCAUCGAAAGAGACCUGCCCCCCAGUGCUGAUCCCUUCCCAUUGUCAUCUCUGGACACUGCAAGCAUGAGUGCAUCAUGGGAACAAUGCAAAAGUGAGCCGGAUCCAUCGAAGCUGUUACGGCGUGGAUGCAUAAAGGUGAAACCCUCUGUGAAUAUGGUGCUGAUGCAGGACACCCUGGAGGACCACGCAAGCCUCGCGGGAGCAGGAGGGAAUGGAGGGAGGGGAGGAAGAAGAGGGGCAACUCUGCAGAGGCGGGCCGGAAGCAGCGCAAUGCAGAACCCCUUCCCCAAGCAGCAGAGACACUUUACUGCCAGGAUAGUCGCCAUGGGGGAUGACAGGGUACUGGGCCGCCUGGCCAAGACCUACUACUUCUUCAGGAAAAGGGAAGCACGGAGGCUUUUUCUUACAAUGAAAGUCAACCUCCAGUUUUACUACAUCCCUGUUUGCAGGGCUACAACUCCCAUCUCCCCUGUCAAGGAAAACUUCCAUCAGGCCAAGGGGAAUCCCUGCGCUCUUGGUUCCUACUUGAGCAUGGUGGACCCAUGGUACAACUCUAACAUCAGAAGUUUAGGCUGCAUGCUCCCCAAACUGGCUGAGAUGCAAAAGGCCAACCUAGGAAGGCCAAAAGACCCCUUUGUGUCUGAUGUCGUUUCCUACUACGUUCGCACCGGCCAGCAACCCGUCUACUUCACCAUUUACUUCGUUAAGCUCACAUUCACCAGCCUGACAAAGGAGCCUGUGGAAGAUGUGUUUCUUACCCAUCUAGAAAUGGAGUUCCCUGAGUUCAGACAGAUCUCAGCGUCAAUUAGAGAUAAACAGAAGAAGAGCUCAGGGGAGGUAUGCGGAGCUGUUGUCUCGAUGAAUUACAGAAAGGUGACAUUAAGUGGCCGAGACAUUGACAAGGGAAUCUCAGUCAGGACGUCAGGCGCUCAGAUCAACGCUAUUCCCUCCACUGAAGCAGAAGAUCUGAACUGUUUGACACUGACAUUAAAUGAAUCUCCAACAAAAACUAAAAACAACGUUAUGGAGUCAAAGAUACGGACCAGCAACAUUAAGAUUCGCACUUUGGAGAGUCGAUCUUUCACUGUUACACUAGACAGAGAUUGUCGCAGGACCUACAGAGAUGUGCAGAGCAUCGAGAUCUCCCCAUGUCUUGAUCCCGGAUACUGCGUCCAGAAAAACAUAAGCUCCAAAUUCAAGUUGGGAGAGGACAAAGAGGCUGGACUGAGCAAAUACAUGAACAAAGGACUUCCUCUACCCAUCAACACAUUUGCUGGCAUCAUCACCUGAUGUGAUGGAGUAAGAAUAUUAAGACCAUCCACGAUGAGGUUUUGAUGGCGGGGAAGAGUUGUUGCUUCUUAGAAAACAGAAGUCCUGUCUGACAUAAGAAAAUAUAAAAGGAAUCACCUUUGAGUCAUACUGAGCUGCUCCUGAAACCACGUUGUUUCAGUUCUGUUGGUCAUGACUGACUGCCAUGUAUGAAAAAGACUUCAAAUCAAAGGCAACUUGAUGCCAGUUGCAACACAUGCAGUGCAAGUGUGACUUCUUGCAGUCAGUGGAGUAACCAGACGGCUUCUAUUACAGUAACAGGGACAAAAUGUUAUUACGAUGUAGGGUGUGGUUGGACUCCUAACAAUGUUUCACUUUUCAUGAGUGAAUGUCAGUAAAUAUAACUAGAUUGGAAUAAUGCCAAAGAACAAUGUUGCCUGUGACACUGGAGUGACUGGCAGGGAAGAACAAGUAAGCAAAGGAAUAUACCUUUAAAUAUACGUUAAAGAUUACUGACAUUUGGAUCACUAAUCAUAAGAACUUAACAGGCAAUCUGGAAAAUCUGAUAUGAAGGGUUGACUGUCUGUAACAGUUAUUGUACUUCAUAGACACACUACCUUUUUACUGCCUCCUUGAUGCAUGCACACACACACACACACAGUACACACACAAAAAUGCAGACAUACUGACUCACCUUGCCAGUCAGUUAUUGGAACGUGCAGAUUGUUAAAAGACUGGUACGAUGACAGCUGGAGUUUACUGUCACCUUUGUUUUAGCUGAAAAUUUCAAAUAACUUGUUAUUCCCGUACCUGUUUCAUAAUUGAAUCUGUUGAAUGUGCAAGCAAUAGAUGUAAGCCUUGGGUGUACUGUUUAAAAAACAUUGUGGAAAGUUUCUUGAACGACACUAUGUUUAGUGCAGAGGCUAGAGCCACAUUCAAGGUCAGGAAUUACUACAGAACAGAAGAAACCUUUGUGUUUUACUGUAUUAGACGUACACAUGCACAGACCAAGCUACAUAUAAAUCAACUAUAGCUUCAGACCGCUGACUUUGUCCUUGGUGCCAUUGUCUAUUUACUAGACGUGCAAGAUUGUGUGUUGUAUGCUUGAUAAUAUACUGAUCAAGAAAAAGAGCUAAACUUGGGGACACUCAAAAGUGAAACCUGCACAUGUUCAGGUCUGUCAGCCUUGAGGUGUGAAAAUCCCCUCUGAAGCUGUUGUUUGUUUCAGUUAGAAUAGAUAAACUGCAUCUAUUUGCACUAAAACUGCUGGAUUUAAAAAAUAAAAUAAAAUCCCUGUGGGAGUGGAGCAACAGUGUUUGUAAAGCAUGAAUAUGACUUAUGACUACAUGUGUAAUUAUGUCAUCACUUUACAAGUUAUAUGAAUGUGUACAUAUAUAUAAUACAUUUAUAAUAUACAUAUUAUUAGACUACACACUCAAGAAUAGCUCAAGAUCUUAUUUCUGAUGCACUCCCACAGGUAUGUAUGGCAGUUAAGCACAACAGCCUCAGGAACUGGAAGUUAUGUGUUACUGGAUACACAGCAUAACAUGGCGCGCGUGUGUGUGUGGCUGGCAGGGUAAAAUCAUGAGUUUUGAAAUUCAUGAUAAAGUUUGCACAUUACUUUCAUCUCGUGUUAUAUAAAGACGAUGCCAUUAAAAGCAAAAUGCAAUUCUGUAAAUAAAUGAUUUUGUUUGGUAAAA